CAGGGCGGUGAGGACCUGCACAGCUCCUCUCUGGGAAAUAAUCAGGAGAUAGAAAGACUGUCCCUGCUUUCUUCUGGAGAUAUGGACGGAUUAUGGAAUUAGCUUUCCUACAGGAUGAAUUAAUAAACAGAGAGAAAAGAGUUUUUUUUCCUUUUCUUGGCUCCCUGAUGCUGAGUGCCUACAGGAAGGUUCCGCCAUGCCGUCUGAGUCAGAGCUCGGCUUCCUCUACGUGACAAGGUGCGAGCCACUAGACCUGAACUAAAGAGCUAAAGGGAAUUCAUUUAUUAAUUUAUUUAUUUUAAAAGAAGAGUUUGUUCUCCGAGGCUGAGAAGAGUGGACGACUAGAACGAGAGCAGCAUGCAGGACAGAGCGUAGCCAGCUAGGAGAAGAAUCCAUGCAGGACAAGAAGAGGAAGCAGGAGUCAGGAGGAUGUCGACAGAGGAAGAAUCACAAGCAAGCAUCAAAGCCAGCGUGAAACAGGAGUCCAGGAGGAAAGGUCAGACCCGUAGCGAACAGGCUCUGAUAAAGCGUUUCAAAGGUGAUGGGGUGCGCUACAAAGCCAAGCUGAUUGGGAUCGACGACGUGUCUGCGGCACGUGGAGAUAAACUCUGCCAGGACUCUAUGAUGAAGCUGAAGGGUAUCGCUGCUUCGGCUCGAUCCAAGGGCGAGCACAAGCAGCGUGUCUUCUUAACCGUCUCCUUCCACGGCAUUAAGAUCUACGAUGAGCGAUCCGGGGUAUUACAGCAUCAUCAUUCCGUGCACGAAAUCUCCUACAUCGCCAAAGACACCAGAGACCACCGUGCCUUCGGCUAUGUCUGCGGGAAGGAGGGAAACCACAAGUUUGUGGCCAUCAAGACAGUCCAUUCAGCAGAGCCUUUGAUUCUGGAGCUGCGUGACCUCUUUACCCUCAUCUAUGACCUGAAGCAAAGGGAUGAAGGCGAGAGGAAGGCGCAGAAAGAAAAGCACUGCGAGCAGGCAGUUUAUCAGACAAUACUCGAGGACGACACUGAUGACCCGGUGUAUCAGUACAUUGUGUUUGAAGCUGGACACGAACCACUCCACGGCCCCCACUCAGAAGAGAGCGUUUACCAGGUUCCAACAAGCCAGCAGAAAGAAGGGGUCUAUGAUGUUCCAAAACGCCAUUUUAUGCCUAACAUCAGUCAGUUUGAAAUGUUUGGUGACAUGGCCACUCCUCCAGACAUUGUAUCUAUGCCAGCAUCACCCGCUAAUACCCUGGACCACGGGCGGCGACGACAACAGCUCCGCCCUGAGCUCUUCACACACUUCAGCCCUCCUGCUGUGCCUUCAGGCUACAUGACGAUGGGUGCAGUCCAGACAGCUCACUGGGCUCAGCAGUCCUUCGCAGCUCCGGCAGCUCCGCUUGCAUUUGGUGUUCAGGCUCCUCUGCAGGUUGCUCAGGUUCUUCCUGGAGGACAGCCAGUUAUCUGGGGCCAAGCUAACCUUUUUCACUCUCCCAGCCCAGGCCAACAACAGUGGGCCUUCGUACCAGCCAGCGCCUUAUUUCAAGGCCUCGUUCCCUUAGCAGCCAUGCGUCCUCGCAUGUCUGCUCCACCCUCGACUAUUGCCAGCCCCCAGCAUACGUCUGAAUCGAGGGACGCCCCAAGCAGUAACCCUGUUCCAGAGGUACCGGGCUUACACGUACAGUCUGCUGACACCAGUGACCUACCAAUGGUGAUGGGAGAAGUCACACAGCCUGGUGAGAAGCAGGAAACAGAGGUCUGUUCUGAUGAUCUUGAUCUUUCCCAUCUGAGUUUGACGCCGGGGUCAUCGACGUCGCCAUCCACUGCAGAGUCUCCUGCUACCCCUUUUUCUCAGAGGGGGAGCCUGACCUUGACCUCAGAACCCCCUGAAGAUCCCUCUGUCUUGAAAACAGAGAACAAUGAGAGCCAUCAUAAAGAGCCUUCUCCCACAAGAGGAGCUGAGCAGAGCAUCAGCCAAGAUGUGGCACACGAAUCGGCUGCUCUGUCAGAUAAGAAGAAGAUUAGUUCUGUUAUACGGUUUGAUUCUGUCUCCCCUCUCAUACCUUCUCCACUGACUACAAUGAUCGUGAUUCCGACAAUCCGACAGCCUCUGAGCACUGCAGCACUUCAGGCUUUAUUCCUGUGCACUGUGGUUUUGGUGUGCAGUUCCCAGUUACAACGUCCAUCUGACCCUGUGGACUGCUCCCUGUCUGAGUGGUCUCAAUGGACCCGCUGUGACCCCUGUCUGAAAAAGAGGUUCCGCUAUGCCACAGUGCUGCAGCCAUCUCAGUUUGGCGGAGAGCCGUGUCAUGAGCUUGGUCAGGAAGAAGAGUUGUGUACACCGCCCUCGCGUUACUCAUGCCGCAGUUCUGUACCUCUCUGCCAGGGCUUCCAAUGUCUCGGGACAGGCCGCUGUGUGCCAGAGGGACUGCGCUGUAAUGGGGAUGAUGACUGUGGUGAUGGCACUGAUGAGCUCAACUGUAAAAAAGUGUUUAAAUCCUGCAACCAGCCAACCGAAGAGCUGUACGGUAUAGAGAACCUCGCCAAAGGAAUUAACGUGCUAAACAGUAAAUUGGAGGGUUCGGUGCUGGACAAUCGUUACUACGCUGGCGGCUGUUUGCCCUAUUUUAUCCAGGAUGUGCGCUUCAGGAAACCAUACAAUGUCCAGCAAUACACUAUGGAGACAAAAGGCUCCUAUGAUUUCAAGUUGGAAUCUUACAAUUCAUACAGUGAGUACUCAAAACACACGAUGAAGGCCACCAUGUCCAGGACCACGGUCUCCUUCUCUUUCGCUAUACCUGGAAUCUUUGAAAUCGGCUAUAACCAUGAUGAAAGCAAAUACAAAAAAGCUGUGAGGAAGCUUCACACUUAUGCUGGGAAGGCAAACCAAUUCAUUCAUGCGCAUUCACGGCUUGAGCUAGCACGCUAUUCCCUAAAGGCGGACAACCUGAUGUUGCACCCAGAGUUCCUGACACACCUGCGAGCUCUUCCACUCGAGUACACAUAUGGCGAGUAUCGACAGCUGUACAGUGACUAUGGUACGCACUACAUCACAGAGGCCACGCUCGGGGGAGACUUCGACUACACCCUCAUUCUCAACAAGGAGAAUAUGGCCAAAGCUGAGUACUCUCUGGAUGAUGCAAUGUCAUGUCUACAGGUGGGCUUUAGACUCGGAGUCAACAUCAAGGGUGUAUAUGUGACAGGAGGAUUGUCAGUGGGAAAGUGUAAUGGCCUCCUGGAAGAGUUUGGAAAGACUAAAAAUGUCUCGUCACUGGUGGAUGAUUAUGUGGCCAUAGUCAAAGGAGGAGACAGUGAGACAGUCGCACGUCUGGGCUCCAAGGAGCUCCCCACGCCAGAUAUCAUGCAGCUGUGGGGGGAAGCUGUCCACUACAAUCCUGAUUUCAUCAGCACUAAGAUGUCACCGCUGUAUGAACUAGUCACAGGAAAAGAUUUCAACAACGCCAACAUGUUGAAAAAGAACAUGAAACGCGCACUGAUCGAGUUCUUGACUGAGAGGGACUCGUGCCGAUGCACUCCCUGCCUCAACAACGGCGUGGCUGUGCUUAAAGGUACGCGAUGUGACUGUAUAUGUCCUGUCGGCUUCAGCGGGCUGAGUUGUGAGAAAACACUACGAUCAGGAAUGCCAGUAGACGGAAACUGGAGCUGCUGGUCCGAGUGGUCAGCCUGCAAUGGCCAGACUAAAAAGCGGACUCGCCAGUGCAACAAUCCGGCACCACAAAACGGUGGAGGUUCCUGUCAAGGGAUACACGAAGACACCGCUGACUGCUUUUAACUACACAGUCAAAAACACAAGCAAUAAUCCUGUCACCUUGAUCAGAACGGCAGAAUGUAACAUGUUUAUGCUUUGAAAAACAAAUGACAUCGCUUUUGUUAAAUAAAUCCAGACAAAAAUAAUGCUAAUAAUAAAAACAACAACAAAAAAACAAA